GACUCGUGGUUGGUAGUUGGUGCGCAUUAUUAAUUUCCGAAAAACUGACUCCCCAAUUUUGACAUUAGUUUGAUUUUGUAACUUUAAAAAAAUUAUUAUUACUUGGGAAAAAGUAAUAUGUCAGAUUUUUUGUCAAGAGAAAGAGAACAAUCCUGGUCCGAGAAUGGACCGAGCACUGGCCCAGCAGGUGGUCCUGUAAAGGAAGUGUACGAUGGACCGGCCGGCAUGGACCCGGACGGUGUCAUCGAGUCGAGCUGGAAUCAGGUGUGCACCAGCUUCGACGAGAUGGACUUGAACCAGAAGUUGCUCCGAGGAAUUUACGCCUAUGGUUUUGAGAAGCCUUCUGCCAUUCAGCAGCGGGCUAUCAUCCCCUGCAUCUCAGGUCGCGAUGCGAUUGCCCAAGCGCAAUCUGGAACUGGCAAGACGGCCACUUUCUCGAUCGCUAUUCUUCAGCAGAUCGACCCUGACGUGCCCCAUUGUCAAGCACUGAUCCUCGCGCCUACUCGAGAGCUGGCCCAGCAGAUCCAGAAGGUGGUCAUUGCUCUUGGAGACUACUUGAACGUCUCUUGUCACGCUUGCAUUGGAGGGACCAAUGUUCGUGACGACCAACGAAAAUUGGAGAGCGGCGUGCAAAUCGUGGUCGGAACUCCCGGCCGUGUCUACGACAUGAUCAACCGACGAUCAUUCAGGACUGAUCACAUCAAGAUGUUCGUUCUCGACGAGGCUGAUGAGAUGUUGUCUCGUGGAUUUAAAGAUCAAAUCUACAAGGUGUUCAAGACGAUGAACGGAGACACGCAGGUGAUCCUGUUGUCGGCUACUAUGCCACCAGAGGUGUUGGAGGUCACAACCAAGUUUAUGCGUGACCCAGUAACAAUCCUGGUCAAGAAGGAGGAACUGACUUUGGAGGGUAUCAAGCAAUUCUACGUGAACGUGGAGAAGGAAGAAUGGAAGUUGGACACUUUGUCUGAUCUCUACGACACACUCUCCAUUACACAGGCUGUUAUCUUUUGUAACACUCGCAGGAAGGUUGACUGGCUGACUGGACGAAUGCGUGAGAAGGAGCACACUGUCUCCGCCAUGCACGGAGACAUGGAUCAGAAAGAUCGAGAAAUCAUCAUGAAGGAGUUCCGCUCUGGAUCUUCUCGUGUCUUGAUCACUACGGACUUGUUGGCUCGAGGUAUCGACGUGCAGCAAGUGUCGCUCGUUAUCAACUAUGAUUUGCCAACAAAUCGCGAAAACUACAUUCAUCGAAUUGGUCGCGGUGGCCGAUUCGGUCGUAAAGGUGUCGCCAUCAAUUUUGUCACUGACGAAGAUCACCGCACUCUGAAGGAUAUUGAAGAAUUCUACAAUACACAAAUCAUUGAGAUGCCCUCCAAUGUAGCAGACAUGUUCUAAACUAAGGGCAACUAGGAACGGAAAGGAAAAAAGCGGAGCAAAAAGUUUUUUGUACUCUACAAUUUAUUAAUUAAUUGAUGUAUUAGUUAGUUAGGCACUUAAUUACUAGAAAUAUGGGCUGGUGUGGGGUGAGAUUGAUAAUGAUGAGAGGGAGUAAAAAUAAGCAGAAAUUCCGAUUAUUGAGAGUUCUCAUUUUAUGACACUGCGAGGAGUUGAAGUUCUUGCAAAAGUUCUUCUCACUUUAUCAACGUAUUGUAAGGUGAGAACUCUCAAAAAUUUGAAACAUGGUAAAAAUGAGAGAAACAUAUUGAGUAUGUUUCCAAGUUCUAAAUCUUAUAUACAUAAAUAAUUAAAUCUUGUAUACAUAAACAUAAUUAAAUCUUAUUAAAUACCUAAUGUAUAAAUUGGGUUUUCCUUUUGAUAAGAUAAGCUGAAAAAUAAUUUACAUGAAAAAAAAUUGAUUUACGAUACACACUAAGGUUAAUAAGAAAUGAUACACAAUUGUAUUGUUUUUUUAAUAGUGGAGGAUUGGAUGGAUUUGGUAUAUAAAACAAAUGAAAAGAAAUAAAUGUAUAAAAUAAAAAUAGCAAGUGUUUUUUGUA